AUGUCAAAGUCGAACGACAAGAAGAAGGAAAAGACUGCGCUUCUGGAUGGCCUGGUCACGGACCUGUUCAACCGCGUGGAGAAGCCCAUCGAGUAUCACAAGCUCUCGCCGUCCGAACACAUGGACAGCAUCACCGCGAUCCAUAGGAUCCUGUCGCAGAUUCAAAAGCACGAGAAGGGACGCCUUUCCACGGAGCCACCAGCCGAUGCAGCUACUCGCAUGAAGUUCUUGCAGGAGUGGCUUGAACAGAACAACGUGAUGGUGGGUCCUGAAUGA